GUUUACAGUUGCCAUAGCAAUUCACAACGGAAGAGUGUUCGGUGGUAGUUGCUCAAAUAAAGUUAUAAAGACGAAUUUCCAUUAUUUGCCCAUCAUAACCUUGCUUUUUGUGCAAAUCCCAACUAUCCCGAGACGCCUGAGACACCUUCAAGUCAAUCGCUCGGGCUUUUGGCAGUUAGACCAGUUUGCUAGGUGGGAUAGACAUGUCGCUAUUAAUUCUUUAAAGUUAGGCUGUGCCUGUAUAGAACUAGCAACUAAUAGUAAAUGGCAAACAAAUAGAGGUAGUUACUAUGUCAGAGAGGAAGUCGCAGAGUGAUGGAAAGAAAGUCUUUUAUUCCAUUGCAGAGGAGGAGUCUUUUAAGGUGACAUAUAUUUUUCCAAAUGGUGAUACUUAUGAAGGAGAAUGCUACCGCACAUCAGAAGGCGUGGUAGUGAGGAGAGGGGUAGGCACCCAAAAAACAGCCUGUGGAAUAACAUACUCAGGACAAUGGAGUGAAGACAAGAUGAAUGGUGCUGGAGCCUUGAUUCACCCAUCUGGUGCUAAAUAUGAGGGGCAGUUCAUGGACAACAUGUACCAUGGCAAGGGCACUUACUACUUUCCUGAUGGAACCAAAUACAUUGGGAUCUUCAAUGAAAACAGGCUAGAAGGAGAGGGUGAAUUCACUGAUGCUGAUGGACUGGAAUGGACUGGUGUCUUCCACAACCGAGCAGCACCUGGACUAAAACUCAAACUUAACAUGUAACACAAACGUGCAUACACAGCCAACAUUCUUCAACCCCAUGGCAGGAUUAUUGCAUUUAAACAUUUUAACUAUUCAACACCCCUUGUAUUAUCAUUAUAAGUUUAUCAUUUUUUUUGUAAAUAAAAUAAAUCUCAAAUAAGAA